AUAAGUGGCGGCAGCCUAUGGUUUCACCAGUCCUUGCUGUGACACAUGUCUGCGAUGGCAGCUUCUCUGCUGCUUAAACUCUGUAUCGGAAUAACAGUCCUGCUCAUUGUCUGUAUUCCAGAAUGGUUCAAGACUGAGGAAGGUAUCUCCGUGGACCUAUCUUGUAUUGAUCCCUGUAUGGUGGAAAUCUCCUAUACCUCUAGUGUGACCAGCACACUAAUAAUAUGUCUUUUGCAAGGCAAUAAAAGCAAAGACGUUAUAGAGAAUGCCACAGCACAAAAUGCUAUAUUAUCUUCCAUCACACUGGACUAUUAUAUGAAUAAUGCUGCUGCGUUCAUCUGUGAUCCACAAAGGAACACGCAUCCAUUGUCUGAAGAAAUUAACACACAAGGAAAGCCAAUAAAUAUCUCACUGAUCAUAAGAGGAAGAUAUUUUCAUUAUUCAGAAGUGGAGUCUAACUUUGACAUGGUGGAAUCUCAAGAAGAUGAGGAUCUCUCUGUUCCUUCCUCACUUGAGAUCUACAUUAGUAAUCAAACAGAACAUAACGGAACCAUGGAUCAAUUGUAUUAUCAAGACUCGAGGGUUCAUCAUGACUUCAUCAAUGUGUCCUUACACUUUGAUAAUCAAAUUCUAUUUUACAGAAGACCUUUCGGUAUCGUCUGGCUGAUUCUGAUCUCCCUUGUUUUUGCAUGUGGUCUUAUUUUCAUUGCUUACAAAAUAAAGGAAGAGAAAAAUACUCUAUUACGAGACUAUAACCAUGAAAGAUCAAGUAUGCUAGGACUGAAAGAACACAUCAACAAACCAUCAAAAACAGAUUCCUAUGACAAGAACGACCAAACGUGUAAGCAGGAGAAAUGGAAGAAUCAGAACUUUGAGUUAACCUCCUUCCUUCCUAUAAUAGCCGAACAGCACGAUUCAGUUUGCAAGUAAUUCUCCUGAUGUGCUACCUCAACCUAGCUGCUAACAAUGGAAGGACAUGUAUAAGGUGGAAAUACAAUCUGCAGUGGUGAUAAUUGGUCAGACAAUAUUCUCAUGGUGCAACCUUAAAAGGAUUUUGAACCAAUGAUUGAUAGAGCAGAAAAAAAAAAAACAGAAAUCUUCAUUCAUUCGUCAGUCUGCAAGGACUCUUGAAAGCCACUACAUCAAAUAUACUUGUGGAAAGUGGAUACUUAAUGUUUGACAGAAGAGAUGAUUAGCUGUGCUUGGUCUCCAUUGCAGGCAGAGCUGUUAGGAGGCAGGUAUUACCCAGUAUAUGCCACCAAUGUCAGAUAGGAGCAGGUCCCACCUAUCCUAGCGAUAUGCCACCAAUGUGUGAGGUGGUUAAUGAUGGCAGAAGGAAUGGUGGACACAGUUGUAACUUGGACCGCAGCCUUUAUUGAAUUCAUGUGGGGAACAAGCUUGUUGGUUACAGUGUUUUCACAAGAGGUGACUGACUUAAUGGUUAUAGUCAACAUGGAGGCAACAAGCCUAAUGGUUUCAACAGCCUUUUUUUGAGGACACAAGCAUGGUAAACACAAUGCACCAGACUUCCUUGGGUGAUGCCAACACUGUCCUGGAAUCUUCCUCUGAGUGAGGGCCCAUUCAGACGGCCGUAGUGUGCUGUCUGCAUCUUUUGUGCCCCUAUUGAAAUGAAUGGGUCCGCACCCGUUCUGCAAAACUGCAGAACAGAUAGGGACUCAUUCAUAUGGUCGUCUGAAUGAGCCCUGACAGUAAUGGAGAUGGUGUUGCUCUUUAUUACAAACAGCGGCUUCUCUCCAUAUGGCACGCUAAUCCACACACUCUGUACAGGCGGUUGAUCAGGUGACGUAUCCUCUCCACACAGCACAUAACACUUCACAAACCUCUACACAUAGACAGUCUUCACUAUCAUAGUCUAGUAUGCAACUCUCUAUCAAAGCAGAAGCUUUAAUUUGAUUAGUUUACAAUCCUAUAAUAGAAACAUGAACAUCUGCCAACACAGCCUGCUUCUCUCCGUGAAACUCACACUACACAGUUCUAUA